AUGGGCUCCAAGGGCGUCGAGAAGUUCAUCGCCCUCAAGAACGAAGCAACCCCAGGCCAUAGCAAGCCAGCCGAGGCAAAAACUACCUCACUCAGUCCUAUGCCGGCGGUUUCGCCGGUCUUCCAAACGUCCAAGGAGAAGUACACUGAUGACUACCUUGUGCACUACGCGCACCGCUACAUUGACUUCACCUACAAGUCGCCUACGACGUUCCACGUGGUUUCCUAUAUUGGCACGCUCCUUGAAUCACACGGCUUCUCUUACCUCUCCGAAAAGACUUCCUGGGACGACUUGACCCCGGGCUUGUACUACACGACCCGCUCUGGCACCUCCCUUGCGGCAUUUGCCGUGGGCGCCGAUUGGACCCCAGAAAAGGGCGUGGGGAUUAUUGGGUCGCAUAUCGAUGCGCUUGCGACAAAGUUGAAGCCUAAUUCCACCAAGGAAAAGGUCGACGGUUACGAACUCUUGGGCGUCGCCCCAUACGCGGGGGCGUUGUCCAAUCUCUGGUGGGACAGAGAUUUGGGGUUGGGUGGCCGUGUGUUGGUCAAGGUUGCGGACCCUACCGCCAACAUUGGCUACAAGGUUGAGUCAAAGUUGAUCAACUCAUCGCCGCACCCGAUUGCGCACAUCCCUACGUUGGCCCCGCACUUUGGUGCACCUGCCGUCGGUCCAUUCAACCCGGAGACCCAGGCCGUGCCAGUGGUGGGGUUCUCUACCGGCAAGGAGGAGGAAGCUACGGACGCUGAAAAGGCCGCGCCGUUGUACGGACGCCACGCGUUGAAGCUUCUUCGCUACAUCGCAUCCUUGGCAGAGGUCAAGGUAGAGGACAUUGUGCAGUUGGAUUUGGACUUGUACGACGUCCAGAAGGGGAUUCUCGGUGGUCUUUCGCGUGAAUUCCUCUUUGCGCCGCGUGUGGACGACCGAAUCUGCUCCUUCGCCGCUAUUAGCGGGCUCAUCGAGUUUGUAGUACGGAACGGGGGCUCCGUCCCUAAGGACUCCUUCUCCGUUGUGGGCUUGUAUGACAACGAGGAAAUCGGCUCCGCUUUGAGGCAGGGCGCCAAGGGCGGUCUUGUGGAGGCCGUCGUGUCGCGUGUCACUAGUGCCUACAACAAGGGCGCCGACAUUUCUGCCUUGAUCAGGACGGUGUACGCCAAUACGAUCAUCUUGUCUGCCGAUGUCAAUCACUUGUUGAACCCUAACUUCAAGAAUGUGUACUUAGAGCACCACGCCCCAGUUCCAAACAAGGGGAUUUCCGUCGCGUUGGACCCCAACGGUCACAUGGCGACCGAUGCCGUGGGUGUGGCCCUUGUGGAGCAGAUUGCCAAGUUGAACGGCGACGAAUUGCAGUACUUCCAAAUCAGAAACGAUAGCAGAUCUGGUGGCACCAUCGGACCGUCGCUCUCCAUCCAGACUGGUGCCAGAACCAUCGACUUGGGGAUUCCGCAGUUGUCCAUGCACUCCAUCAGAGCCGCUACCGGGACCAAGGAUAUCGGCUUGGGGGUCAGGUUCUUUGAGGGCUUCUUCGACAAGUGGAGGGCCGUGUACGAUUCUUUUGGGGAUUUGUAG